AUGCGGCCGACAGCACUGCUGCGGGUGCGGCUCCCAAAGGCGCGCCGCCCACGCGAGCGGCCGUGGGAGGUGUUCAACACGCGCGACUUCGGCUUCAGCGAGGGGUCGCAGAACUACAGCAUGUGGGCCCUCACCGCCAGCACCUUUGGCGUGCUGCUGCUGUUCGAGGUCUACCAGCAGAUGCUGCGCAUUUUGGCGCGCGGCGACACGUGCCCCGCCUGCGAGGCUGCGAGGGAGCACUAUCGGCAGCGUGUCGCCAACAAGGAACACGAGAUACAGGAGGUGCAGCGCCGUGGCGGCAACGCGUAA